UGAAGUACUGUUUGUGUAAACCUAAACUGAGGGACAAAUAUCACAUCAAUCAUAAGUCACACUUGUCUAUUUGUUAUCAUCCUAUAAUUAGAUACUUCCUGGUGUUUGUGCAUCAUAAAAAUGGAAUGGGAAGCCUUGUCAUUUUUUUAAAAGUACAACGGGAUUUAAAGCUUCGCCACACACGGCGUUUGAAGUGCGACGGCGCUCUCGUGUGGUGAAAGCUAGAAAGUGCACGCAACUGACGGUGACUAAAAACCGUGUUCAGCAGGUUUGCAGUUAAACUAAACGGCUCACCUAGAAUUUUAUAGAUAUCGUACAUGUUAGGCUAGAUGUCGUAUGUGGGCUAAUGGUUCCUGCCGCGCGUGCACUAAUAAAUGAGUAGGUUUACGAACGGCUUUUUUUUUUCUUCUUUCUAAACGAACACGUGUAGUCGUUUGCUGCGUACUCAAAAAUAGUUGUAAAAUAUUACGUUAAAUCAGGCGUAUUUCAACGCGUUGUAAAUCCAUCAAAUAAAGCCAGUUAAGCGUACUUUUGUCGAAUUAAUCAGAUGACGACUGCCGCAGUUUAAACUGCCUGAAAAGUUCUGUUCCGAGAGGAAUUAAAAAAAAAAAAGUUCUGUUCCAAGAUGGCCGCCACGUUACCUACAAUGUCGACUCUAGCCCUAUGCACAUAGGAUAUCAACGGCGGGUUCCCAUGACGACGCUUCUCGCGCGCCCUCUUGCGUUCACGACAAAGUUGGUCAGUGCUCUCCUGUUUACUUCCUGUUUGCUGGGCCGAGCGCUUGAAAGUGUAUCGAACCUCCCGAACCUAAAACGGAAGAACCCCGACGACCGAGCCGUUGCGAAGGCGGGCAGCCAGCUCUUCGGGUCGGACCCCAGCGGAACCGCACGUUGAACCGGCUUAUGCAACCGAGGUAAAGUCGGCCGGUUGGCCGGCCGAUCGCUGGAAUGCUAACCGUGCUAAUUAGCCCGGUGUCCUGUCAAUCAUCCCCGCCGACAAGUUGACGCGCAAGCAGAGCGAGCGGGCCAAAAGACUUCCGGUUUCGGUUCUGCUUUUAGGCUGUGCUGUGAAGUGGAGUGGACUCCCGUGGCCACGUCUUGUUUUUCCCCUCCUUUGUUUUUGACUUUUAGUUUGGACUUUGUUGAGUUGUUUGUUGACUUCUGGACCAAAGGCUGCUCAUGAGGCUAAUGCUGAUUAGCGUUCUGUCAUUCAUCUCGCCUUUGGACUUUUUGUCACCGGUGGACCCAUGUCCGCGCCCGCCGACACCCCGCCCUCGGCCUCGCCCGGAGCCUCGCCCGCUUCGCUGUGCUGUUGCCGCAAGUCGCCGCCCUCAGGGGGACGCCCGGCCGACUCCCUCGGGCGUCCCCCGGCCGACGCGGCCUCGGCGUCCAACUUUGCCCAUUUCCGACUGCGCCACUUCCACUUGGACCUGCGCCUCAACUUUGCGCUGAAAGAGAUGAGCGGCUGGAUGGUGGCCGACCUGUGCCCCCUGGUACCGGGGGUCCGGACCCUGGUGCUGGACGCGCACCCGUCCCUCUCCGUCCGGGCCGUGGAUUGCCGGGUCGGGGGAGCCGGGCGGGAGCCCUCCCGCCUGGCCUUUCGCCUGGAGCCCUUCGCCGAAUUUGGCUCCGCCCUGAAAAUCGACCUCCCCGAAGCGGCGGCGGAGACCGCCGGGACGCGGCUGCGGAUCAGCGUCGAGUACGCCGCCACGGACGGACCCGCGAUCUGGUGGUUGGACUCAGAGCUGACGUGCGGCCGAGAUCGCCCUCUGGUGUUCACUCAAGGUCACUCGGUGUCCAAUCGCUCCUUCUUCCCGUGUUUCGACUCUCCCGCCGUCAAGAGCACCUACACGGCGGCCAUCCGAGUUCCGGACGGCGUGACGGCAUUGAUGAGCGCGUCCCGCAGUUGGUACGCCAAAGCCGAGCGGGUCUUCCACUUCGCCAUGGACACGCCGGUGCCCGCCUACCUGGUGGCGCUGGUGGCCGGGAACCUCCGACACGCGGACGUGGGACCCAGGAGCCGCGUGUGGGCCGAGCCCUGUCUGCUGUCGUGCGCCGCCGAGAAGCUAGGGGGCGGAGUGGAGCGCUGGCUGACCGUCGCAGAGGGACUCUUCGGACGCUACCUUUGGGGGAGGUGCGACCUGGUGUUCCUUCCGCCGUCCUUCCCCAUCGUGGCCAUGGAGAACCCCUGCGUGACCUUCAUCAUCGCCUCCAUCCUGGAGAGCAGCGACUUCCUGCUGAUCGACGUGAUCCACGAGAUCGCCCACGCCUGGUUCGGCAACGCCGUCACCAACGCCAGCUGGGAGGAGAUGUGGCUGAGCGAAGGGCUGGCCACCUACGCGCAGCGCAGGAUCACCACCGAGGCCUACGGCGCAGCCUUCACGUGUCUGGAAAGCACCGUGCGAUUGGACGCCCUGCGCAGGCAGCUGCGGCUGCUCGGCGAAGACGACCCCGUCAGUCGGCUGCAGGUCAAACUGGAGCCCGGCGUCAACCCGAGCACGUUGAUGAAUCUUUUCACGUACGAGAAAGGUUUCUGCUUCGUGGCGUACCUGUCGUGGCUUUGCGGAGACGUCCGACGCUUUGACGGAUUCCUGCGGGACUACGUCGGCCGGUUCAAGUUCCGGAGCGUGGCGGCUCGGGAUUUUCUCGACUUGUAUCUGGCGACCUUUCCCGAGGCGGCGCGGAAAGAAGGUGAGUGGGCGGCGUCGGGCGGGUUAGGCGACCGGCGUGACCUCCUUCGUCCCUCCCCGUCAUCAGGCGUGGACUUUGAACGCUGGCUGACGGGCUGCGGGGCUCCGGCGUGGCAGCCGGACCUGUCGGCGGGGGCGGCGCUGACCGGGCCGGUGGACGAGCUGUGCCGGCUGUGGAUGGCCCCGCGCGCCCCCGAGCCGCGGGAGGCGGCCGGCGUGGCUGACAUGUCGGGCUGGAGCACCUUCCAGGUGGUUCUCUUCUUGGACCGCAUGCUGGACCGCGCCCCCCUCUCGCACGAGGUGAUGUGCGGCCUGCGCGCGUGCUACGCGUCGCUUUUGGACGACCUGAACGCGGAGGUCCAAGUGCGCUGGUUGCAGCUGGUGGUCCGAAGCGGCUUCUGGGCCGACCUCCCGCGACUGCGCGCCUUCCUGGCCAAACACACGUCUCGCAUGUACACGCUCCCGCUGUACGAGGACCUGUCGGCGGGCGCCAUGCGCGGCGUGGCGGCGGACGUCUUCCGGCAGACGCGGCGCCGACUGCACCCCAACCUCCGACGCGCGCUGGAGCGGCUGGUGACGCGGGGGCCGCCGGACGCGCCUCCCUCGCCCCCGCCGGCCCCCGCCGGAUCAUCCUUGCGGGACGUGGACGUGUCGGCGUGACGGAGGGCGCGCGAGAUACAGUCUGCGAUUCCGGCGAUAAGGACCCGCGCCGCAGAGCCGGUGAGCGUCGGUCUAACCGACGCGGGUUUCGUUUUGUCGGGCGAUCGGCCGCCGCGGAGGCGUGAGGUGCGCGAACCGUGCGGACGGGGAGCGGCGGCCGCGUUCGAGACGACUUCUUUGCCGGGAAUGUCACCCCUAUCCGCCGAGGACAUUUUUCAUUCAGGAACUUCUAAACGUAGCAUCAUUUUGACGAAAGUCCUUUUGUAUUUUAAACCCUUUAUAGGGCUAUAUGAAUUUCAAAUAUAUCACAAUUGGAGGGCUCUUGGGGGGCCAUGAGUUUGUUCCUUUAGGGAAUGUCCUAAAAUACACAGGCAGUGAUCAAAAUCAAAAGAAACUGAUGCAAAACAGCCCCCUAAUCAACAGAAAGUGACCCAAAUCCAUGGGAGGUGAUCCAAAUCAAUAGGCAGUGACCCAAAAAGGCCUCAAAAUCAACAGGAAGUGAGCAAAAUGAAUAGGAAGUUACCCAGAAGUGCCCCAAAAUUAGCAGGAAGUGACCAAGAUCAGCAGCUAGUGAUGCAAAAUCAACAGGAAGUGAUCCAAAUCAAUAGGAAGUGAACUCAAAAAUCAACCGGAAGUGACACAAAUCCAUUGGAAGUGAGAUGAUAAAAUGCCCCAAAAUCAGCAGGAAGUGACAGACAGGAAGAGACUCAAAUCCACAGGAACUGACCCAAAUCAAUAGGAAGUGACCCGGAAAUGCCCCAAAAUCAGCAGGAAGUGACACUAUAUCGACAGGAAGUGACCCAAAUCCACAGGAAGUGAUCCAAAUCAAUAGGAAGUGACCCAAAAUGGGCAGGAAGUGACCCAAAUCAAUAAGAAGUGACCCAAAAUGGGCAGGAAGUGACACCAAAUCGACAAAGUGACCCAAAUCAAUAAGAUUUGACCCGGAAAUGCCCCAAAAUCGACAGGAAGUGACCCAAAUCCACAGGAAGUGAUCCAAUUCCAAAGAAAGCGACCCCAAAAGUAACAGGAAUUGACCAGAAUGAAUAGGAAGUGCCCUGGAAACGCCUCAAAAUCAGUAGGAAGUGUACGAGAUCAACAGGAAGUGAUGCAUAAAAUCAAAUGAUGAGGUUUUUUUGUUUUAAAGUCACUUGGGGGUUAAGCUCUCUCCAUUUAGGAGAUGUCAGUGAACGCCGCAGUCCAAACGGAUCCCUGUCUAUGGCAAAGCUGAGACUUGUUGGACGCCUUUCAAAACGCUGCCUUUUCAACACACCCUAAAGUUUAUUUUGUGAGAAAUAAAAAAGAAUUGGAAAAUCUGGCUUCCCGAGUCUGGGAUUGAAUACAAGAAGGAAAUCUAAUCUGAGCCAGGAUAGCCAUGACCUCGGGGGGGUUGGUUAUCUUCUGCUCCAAUAAAGUU